AUGCCGCCUGACCCUUCGUACGUCUUGUCUCAUAGGCAAACAAUUUCUCACACAGCUUGUAUGUUGCAGAUGUUCUUCUUCUACAGUUUAGCUACUUCAGACUUCUUACUGUUGACCGCCAUGGCUUACGACAGGUACGUGUCCAUCUGCAAGCCUCUGCAAUAUGCAACUACCAUGGGCACGACCACUGUCACCAUCUUCUUGGUUUUGGCCUGGUUUCUGCCUGCCUGCCAGAUAGCGGUGGGAACUGUCAUCACUGCAAAGCAAAAAAUGUGCAAGUUUGUCUCAGGUGGGAUUUUCUGCAACAUUUCUGUGAAUAUGCUUCACUGCCUGAGAUCAAAUACGCUGGUCACUUAUGGUGUGUUCAUCUUUAUAAACAGUGGGGUUAUCCCCGUGCUGUUCAUCAUCUACACAUACGUAAAAUUAUGUAUCGUCGAAUAUCGCCGUUGCAGCAGAGUUCGGUAAAAGGUGGCUGAGACCUGUGUACGUUUAAUGUGCUUCUUUUGCUUGCUUGUGUUCAACAUCGUUGUGGAGCAAAUGGAGUCGGAACUUCCGAAGAGCGUUCGUCUGAUCAUGAUGUUGCAAGUAGUGGUGUACAAUCCUCUCUUCAAUCCGAUCAUAUACGGAGUGAAGAUGAAAGAAAUCUGGAAACACAUCAAGAAGUUGUUCUCAAAGGCAAGA